AUGGCUGCCUCCAUAAGGGAAGCUCCCGGUGUAAAAAUCUUACAAAUCCCGAAAAAGGGGAAAGGCCUUUUUGCUGAUAAAGACUUCAAGGAAGGAGAUACCCUUUUCAGUGAAGAGCCACUUGUUUGCACUCAGUUCCUUUGGAAUGCAUAUUACAAGUACACCGCUUGUGAUUACUGUAUGAAGUCAUUGGAGACUGCAGAGGAGAUGUACCGGCGCUUGGCCAGCCUUCCAUCAGCUUCUCUUCCUCAUUACGAGUGCUGUGACCGAAAGUGUCAUGAAGGCGAACAUGUAACUUGCCCACAUUGCCAGAUACUCUAUUGUAGUGCUCGUUGUCGGGAUCAGGCCUGGAGUCAACACCACCAAACACUGUGUCUGGGAGCCUCAAGAGAUGAUCCCGACCAUCCAUUGAAUAAGCUACAGGAGACAUGGAGGAACAUGCAUUUCCCCCCGGAGACUGCCAGUAUCAUGAUAUUGGUGAGGAUGAUAGCCAUGGUCAAACAGACCAGCAAUAAAGAAGCCAUACUCUCAGCAUUCUCUGAGUUUUGCCAUAGAACAGUCAAUGAGGAAGAAGCAAUUGCUCACAAGUUAUUAGGUACAGAAUUCCAGGAGCAAGUAGAAAUCUUACGGAAUCUGUUCACUGAAUCUCUGUAUGAUGAAGAGUUGAGUCAGUGGUUCACUCCAACUGGCUUUCGGUCGUUAUUUGCCCUACUUGGAACCAAUGGCCAAGGCAUAGGAACCAGUGCUCUUAGUGUGUGGGUGAAGAACUGUGACCAGCUAAAUCUUCCCGAGUCGGAGAGGGCUGAACUUGACAAGUUUAUUGACAAAGUGUAUGAAGAUAUGGACAAGGAGUCUGGCAUGUUUCUCAACUGUGAAGGAUCUGGUUUAUAUGCUCUACAAAGUACCUGCAACCACAGCUGUGUGCCCAAUGCAGAGGUCACCUUCCCCCACAACAACCACGUACUGGAGAUGAUUGCAACUCAAGAUAUCAAGGCUGGACAGGAGAUCUGUAUUUGUUACCUGGAUGAGUGCCAACGUGACCGAAGUCGCCAUUCUCGGCAGAAGGUACUGAGGGAUAACUACCUGUUUACGUGUUCAUGCGUGAAGUGUGAGGAACAAGUAAAUGAUCCUGACGUGUCGUCUGCCGAGGAUGAUUCAGAUGAAGAAGGCUCCGACAUGGAAAUGGAUUCUUGAGGGCAUUCAUCUGUUGACUGCAUUGGGUUGCAUGCUUAAGAGAUCUGGAAUACCGCCGUUGUUGGAACUGGGACCGAGACAUUUUGACUGCCUGAGACCAGAACCCUCAAUGUAGUGACUAGCUUUUGGCCCCAACCGUCAGGGUGUCCAUUGUCCUAAGAGGAAACCAUUCUAUUAUCAUGAUGUGCACAGUCUUGUUGGUCUCUGUUGUUUGAUGCAAGUGUAUUUGCUCAAAGAUUAGAAUUCUAGUACAUGGUGGUUAACCUUGAGUCAACAGUGGUAGCCUUAAUGUGUUAUCUGUCUGAUUCUUUAUGCUUGUUAUCAGUUAAUUUUAAAAUUUCUUUGGUUUUAGUUUACUUCCAGGAAUGUGCCCUGUUAGUGAUGUUUGCAGUCAUUCUGCAUUGAAAAUUGUCUUGGGGAAAUCAAGUUGAUUGUUGGUGACCACUUUCGCUUUGUGGAAGUAGGCUAGGCAUGUUUUAAGAGUAGCUUGUGCAAUUCAAAUGGGUUUUUGAAGUCUACUGUGGUAAAAAUUCAUGGUAAUGGUGCUUAUCAGGUGUUCGUUCAAUCAUGCAACAUACAUUUGUAAUGUCAUUGGAAGUUUUCUUCAAUUGGCUCUUGUUGAAUGCGACUGAAUGGUUUUGUUUGUACUGUAGGUUUGCGUUUGACAAUGCAUUUGCGAAAUCAUAAAAAUUAAACACAAAAAUUUCCUGUUUUACACAAUGAGCAACUUUAUGUUGAAAUAUCUAUGUCACUUCUCAUAUCCUUGUGUUGCUACCAUCUCAAGUCUGAGCUCUGAAUUCAAAAGGCAUCUGCAUUUCAUUGUUUCCAAUAUUCAUAGUAUAUUUUGGUCAUGUUUAACUUGUAAACGUAAGAAGUGUAUCAUACUUUA